AUGACCACAACUCCCAAAAAGUGGAAUACUUCAAAGUGUUUACAACCAAAGGUAUCAUUUCUUUUCGGGCAAAAAAUGGCAUUAUUAAAAACACGUAUUAACAAAUAUAAAGCACUGUAUCACGCUCUUGCUAUUAGGGAGAAAUGCCCAAGUUUGAGGUGCAUUGAGUAUAUGGGUUCGAAUUCAUUAUUACUACAAUUAAAACUGCUUGCAAAAUAUGCUUGGAGCAAAAUUGUCCUUGCCAAGAAUCAAAGAUAUACUACAGAAAUGUCCAGAAAGCUACGUAUUCUUUUUUCUUUUGCUAUUAAUGGAAAUUGUACCUCAAUAUUUCUAGAUAUUUUAGUUCUUUAUUUGAAAACCAGGCCGUGGUCUUUAAAAAGAUUGUGUCGAUGCAUUGACCUACUAAUCUGCAUGUUUUACCUUUCCCCUGCAAUCAUUAUAUUUGGAAUUAAUGACGUUGCUGUAGUUUAUUUGUCAUACAAGAAAAUUCUUGAGGUACUGUUUGAAGACUCAUCACAAAUUAAGUAA